GAUAUAUAAAAUAAAGAUGUAACCGCCUCUUCUCAGACUUCAAAUUUUUUCCCUCUUACGACGAUUUCGAGUUCGAGAGAGAAGAAUGGAGGUGGUGGAGAGGAAGACGGAGAUGGCGGAGGAAGGAUGUACGACGCCGAGAAGCACGAUGUAUAGGAUUCCGGUGGCGUCUGUUUGUCCACCGCCGCCGAGGAAGAAGUUGAUGGUGGUGAGAAAACGAGAUCCGCCGAGGAACGGGUACUUUCAGCCACCAGAUCUUGAAACUUUGUUCUACGCACAGCCUCGAAGAGAAGCUUGCGCUUAGAUUUUGAGAUUUGAUUUGAUUUGAAUUAUCUAGGUUUUUUUUUUACUUUCUUCUCUGUAGAUACAUGUUUAGGGUUUGUUCUCUUAUUAGAUUUUAUUUAUCUUUCAGAGAGAUGACUUUGUUUGUGUAUCGAAAUUGGAAUUUGCUAAAAUGAAACUUUGAUCUGUUUUCCAAUUCGAAAUUUGUUGGCUUGUGUUCUAGAUCUAAUUAGUUCUUGUCGGAGAUUGAAAGAUUGAUUGUUAAACUCUGAUUAUGCUGUUUAUUGAUUAGAGAGUUUUUUUCAACUACAUAAUUGGGUGAGAAAGUGAGGUUUAGAAACUGUGAACAAGACAACAUCAAAAGCUUAACGAAAAUUCAGAUGAACCAAUGUCUUUAUUUGCUCUGUUUUUUUGGUUAUUCAUAAGUGUUGAAAAAGUAGUGCUCAAACUCUUU